UCUUUUCCAAACCAAACCGAAUAUGAAUACGACGACGUCUGUAUGUUACUUGAACACCACGACGUGCCGUUUUAAGUUGUAGUCCACUCCCCACCAGUCCACCAGCACUACCCGUUACCUACUUCUGGCGGGGAAGAAGAAAACGAAAAGGAGAUGGAGAUAGUGUGGCAAACACCAGCCAACCCACCGGAGAAAGACGAUUACAUCUUUCUCAACGGGAGGCGGCACGUGAGACCUUACUACUUCGAGUUCAUUUCUUAUGUUAAAAAUCGUUGGGCGGGAAAGACCAUCGUCGAUUUGUUCGCAGAAGAGUUCAAGGGCCGACCUUAUGAUUACUAUGUUAGUGCUGUCAAAUGUGGACGGAUACAAGUUGAUGGAGAGAUGGUGCCUGUUUCCUACAUAGUUAAGCCUUCUCAAAAGAUAAGCCACUUCUUACACAGGCAUGAACCUCCAGUGAUGGCUUGGGAUGUUUCUAUCCUUCAAAAAGAUCCAGAUGUUGUAACCAUUUGCAAGCCAGCAACUGUUCCUGUGCAUCCUUGUGGUCAAUAUCGUAAAAACACUGUUGUUGGCAUUCUUCAGGCUGAUCAUGGCUUAUCACCUCUAUUUCCGGUUCAUCGAUUAGAUCGGCUUGUCUCAGGACUCCUUAUAUUGGCUAGAAACGCUUUGAAGGCUGACUUUUUUAGGCAAGAGAUUGAAGCUGGGAUGGUGCAGAAACAGUAUGUUGCGAAGGUCAUUGGAAUAUUUCCAGAGGAUGAGCAAGUUGUUGAUGUUAACAUAAAUUAUAAUGCUCGAGAAGGAAGGAGCACAGCGGAGGUUGGUGACUCUUGCAGUGAUUUUCCCACUAAGGGGAAGGCUGCGUGUACCAAGUUUACCAGGAUCAGUACCAAUGGAACUCACAGCAUUGUUUUGUGUAAACCAAUCACUGGCCGAACUCAUCAAAUACGUGUGCAUUUGCAAUAUACAGGACAUCCCAUAGCCAAUGACUUUCUUUACCUCUCUGAACUUGCUGCCAAUCCUUCUGCUGAAGGAACGAGUGCUGAUAGGGCUGCUUGUAGUUCAAGUUUUGGUCUAACACCCCAAGAUUGUUCUUCUGAUAAAUGUGAAGAGAAUACCAGAGAAGAUUUCAACACUGAUCCAAUGUGUACUAACUGUCCAAAUUUGGUUCCAAAAGGGUAUGAUGUCUAUGAAGAGGGUUUAUGUCUUCAUUGCGUGAAAUACUCUGGACCCGGAUGGGUUUAUGAAUGCCCAUAUCCGGAUUGGGCAUUUCUAAGCUAAUCAUCUCUCUCUCUCUCUCUCUCUCUCUCUCUCUCUCUAAUUCUUUGUUGAUGAUCAUUGAGAAAAAUGUAUUGAAUGUCCCCUCCCAAGUUUUGCCAAAGAUUGUACAAUAAUGUGAUCGAUUCCUGUAUCCCAAUGGAUUUUUUUAAGGUAAAAGGAAGAGAAAUACAUAAAAAUAGAUUCGGCUUUA